CACUAUAAGACUAUAUAGCCAGCCUGCAGCAAGACGUGACAUGGCAUUGCUGUCUGCGCAGAACCUCCACAAUGAAAGGUAUACUGAUCCUGUCCCUUCUCUGCUCGAUGGUGGGCAGCUUGCUGGCACAGGACUAUGAGUGGGGUGGAAGUGAAGCAGGAGAGGCCAGCAAGGACAUCUGUGUGACUGACUCUGCCUCCUGUGGGUGCUGUCUGAUGCAGCAGAGGAUGCAGCGCUUGGAGUGGAUCUUCAACCACACCAUGGACCAGCUGAGGAAAGACCUGGACCAGGCCAGCAAGAGACUGAACGACCUGAGAGCGAGCCAUACUGCGUUCUCCGCUGCGCUGUCUACCCGAACCGAGUGCGUGGGGCCCUUCAGAGACAACGCCACGCUGAUCUACAAGAAGGUGUUUGUGAACCAGGGCGGCGCCUACAAUGAGCAGACGGGUGUGUUCACGGCCCCGCGCAGCGGCGUGUACAGCUUCUCCGUGACGGUGUUCAGCGACGCUGGCGCGCCCGGCGCCCGGCUCAACAUCUUCGCCCUGCUGCAGCGGAACGGGCAGGACCUGGCGGGCGUGCACGACGACAACUACGACGACCAGGAGGACAGCGCCACCCAGAGCCUGGCGCUGCAGCUGCAUGCCGGGGACCAGUUGUCGGUCAGGCUGGUGGCGGGGAGGGUGGUCUGCGACGAUGUGAGCCACUACAACACCUUCAGCGGCUUCCUCGUGUUCCCCACUGACCUGCUGUAACCCCCUUUAACAAGCACCCCACCCCACCCUAGACUCCCUGCUCUCUGCUCAACCCCACAGACUGGAUGCUAUGCAGCACCCCGUGCUUCUCUAUGCUUCUCCAAUGCCUGCUUUUAGAGCUUGAAUGAGUUUUAUGACACCUUUCUUUUACUUUGCUGUCCUUUCACCGCACUAUACCACAGUCUGCCUGCACUAGCCCCUGCAUUAGCCACAGUUUACUCCGCAGACACUUGGGGAAGGUUGCGCAGCUGCUGUACGAGCAGCAGCUUCUGUACGAGCAGCAGCUUCUGUUUCUCUACCCCGAUUGGCCACACGGUGGAGACAUUCCUCACUAAUGUCGAGUUCCUGCUGCAGCUCGAAGGUCACGCUGCUAAUCUCCCGUUCACGUUUGACGGAGUCAAAACAAAGAUAAAUAUGCAUUUGAUUGUGUGUUUGUUAGGCAUUCUUCCGCUUGUUCCUUGUAUGCUCUGUGAUAAAAUGUGCUGUAAUGCGAUCAAAUAGAUAAACAAGUGCUUGCUGUCUCGGUGCUGUGUUGCUGUGUCUGUGAAGAUCUGCGUCAAUAAAAUAAUGUCAUCUCUGAACUAGA